AUGGCCGACUCUGCGCUUCCUCGGAGCGAAUUCGACUUGAAAGCCCAGUACGACCGCGACAUGGCGAAUAUCCAAGCUAUGAUGAAGGAGGAAGAGGAAGAAGAACCUGGCAUGAGCCGCUUCAACGAACUAGUCCACAAUCAUCCACGCCCACAGGCUCCCAUUGUUCCCCAAGAAAUCAUCGAAAUCGAAGACGAAGAUCACAAUGAGUUUAUCCGCGAAAUCGAAAACUUCAUCGACCUCACUAGUGACGAUGUCCCAUCACGUAAACAAAAGGCCCCAGUGGAUAAGACCAUCGCUAUCAGAAACCUACCCAUCGAUUCGCGAAACCUCAUCACUCAGUUUGAACUCGACGAAGGCGUUGUCCUUAAAGAUGGCAUAACUGUCGAGUUGCGUGAUGAGAUCAAAGUGACGGAUAAAUACCGUUUCCAGUUCCUGAGAAUUAAACACAUCUUCCGCUCUCCCACCACCGGUGAAGUGUUCUUGCGUGGCCUCCCUUUCACUCGCACCCGCACCCUUCGCGGGCAGAUCCCACGCCUGCGCAACGAAGUCGCCAUGAUGCUCAUGAUCGACGAGGAUGAUGCCCGACCGGAUGAAGAGCAGGCCAUGAUCGAAUUCCCGCUAGCCAAUGUCCGCCGAAUCCGCAAUCUGGUAUGCACCAAUGCCGAUUUCCCCCAGAUCAGAUACGAUGAAUCUCAUACCACUAAGAAGGACAUCGAGGAGAAUGGUCUUUUGGUGUGUCGUUGGAAAUACCGUCUUACCUACCGGAAUUCCGUGUUCAGAGCCAAGGGGCAGACACACGAAUGGGUGAUUUGUCAUCUUGGGCCCGAAGAUGCGUCUAAAGAGCGAUACCGCUUUUCGGAAGACCAACGUCGUGCUCGAUGGCGAGGGACAACGAUGCUGAAGGCCGGCAGAGUGCGCGGGGGGUCUUUCGUCCCGGGUAUGCCCGACAAUUUCGAGUUCAUUGAGGACGUGGACAACGAAGAUAAGACCAACGACGUUUUCCAUCGGGCCGACGGCUUGAUCGACCAGCUACCAGGUCAACGCUACAUAUUCGGCGACAUGUUCUGCGGCGGCGGCGGAUCCUCCUGCGGCGCCAAGAUGGCAGGCCUCAAAAUCCAAAUCGCCUGCGACGCCAACAAAUCUGCAUGCGAUACCUAUAGCACGAACUUCCCGGAAACCUCUCUAUACCAAACAGACAUCUUCGACUUCAUCUCCCGACAAGGCCCCUCUCCUCCCCCCGGCUGA